AUGAACUUUCUAAGCAAGACAUUGAGCACCUUCACUGGUUCUUCAAUUCCGUACACUUUCAAAGAAAAGGUAGUCGAUCCUGUGACUCCAGUAUUGACACAGCUUGAAACUGAUCAAAAUUCAAUUUGGACUUUGUAUAACGGCGUCAAUCCAAAGGACUCUUCAGAAGUUUCAAUAUUUGAGUUUAACUUCCAUGAACCAAAGACUCAACAUUAUGAACUACUAGCUCGUAAUGCGUUUAAGAAAUUAAAAUUGAUCAAAUUUCCCGGAAUUAUUACCAUUGUUGACUUUAUUGAGAAUGAUUCCCACUUAUACAUCAUUACAGAACGAGUCAUUCCUUUGUCGGUCUAUUUGGGGGGAAAUGACUUAGAUAAUGAUGCAUUGGUUGCUGGACUUUAUUCCAUCGAAAAGUCACUAAAAUUUAUCAAUGACGAUUGUAAUUCAGUCUACGGGGGCUUGAAUUUUUACAAUUCGGUAUUUGUAAAUCGACUGGGAGAUUGGAAAUUAAUGGGAUUUGAAAUCGUUACCAAUUUAACCUCGGACCCUGAUCAACCUAUUUAUAGAUUGAGUCAAAAUUUGCCUCAUUUUCAGCAACAAGAUAUUGAUCAUGAUUUUAUAAGACAAAAUCCGAAAAAAUUUGAUGGGUUCAAAUUGGCAUGCUUUGUGUAUGCCGUAUUCAAUGGGAAAGGGGUUGUUGACACCAAUGUGAAAUUACCAGUAAAAUUGACGGGUCCAGUAAAAAGACUAUAUGCUAAACGUUCCACCAUUGCUACUUUUGUCAAAGAAUUGGAUGGGUUCCACCAGCUCAAUAAAGUUAUCCAAUUUGAUCACCAAUUGCAUGAGCUACAAUUUAUGAAUGAUGGUGAGAAAAUUGCUUUUUUCAAGUACGAGUUGCCACAAUAUAUCGAAGAUGAUAUAUAUCCUCCAGGCAUGUUGAAUUAUAAGUUGCUUCCCGAGUUGAUCCGCCAGUAUAGACAGUUGAUGAAGAGUGGAACUGCUGCUCCCAGUGCAGCAUCUGAUGCUAAUGCACUUGACCCAGUAGCAAGACAAGAAACAUUAACCACUAUUCUUAAUUUCAUCGUCAAGUUUGGAACAAAAUUGACACCAGAAGAGUUCGGUAGGCAAAUCAAACCCAUAAUUUUUGAAAGUUUCAAUCUUGCUGAUCGAUCUAUUCGAUUAAUAUUGUUGACACAUUUGCCUGAGUAUCAGGAAUAUCUUCUGGAUUCAGAAAUUCAAUUGAAAAUAUUCACACCUUUGAUCACCGGUUUCCAAGAUACAAAUUUUAUGAUAAGAGAAACUACAUUAAAAUCAAUAACUAUCAUUAUUGACAAGAUUUCAGUCAAGCAGGUGAACCAGGAGUUACUCCGUAUCUUGGCUAAGUCUCAAAUGGAUCCUAAGCCUUCAAUAAGAGUAAACACGUUGAUUUUGAUAAUCAAGAUUUCAUCCAAGAUCUAUUCCAACUCAAAGAAUAAUGUACUUAUAACUGCAUUAUCAAAAUCAUUACGUGAUUCAUUUGUUCCUUGUAAAAUCACGGCAUUGAAUGGAUUCAAAUCGCUAAUUAAUGAGUUUUCAUUAGAGGAAAUUUGCUCCAAGAUUUUGGGGCAUCUAGCCAUAUCUUUAAUGGAUAAGAAAUCCGCCAAAGUUCGAAAAGAAGCUAAGGAAGUAUUUGAUCUUUAUUUGAAUUCCGUUGAGACUCAUGCAAAGGAAUUGCCAGAUGUUGAACCCGAUGAAGAUGAAGAAGAACGUGAAUUCUACAAACGAUUUGCACCAGAACCACAUGCCGAAGAAGAGGUAAACAAGGCCACAACAGAACCAACAAAUUCAAAUUCGGCUACAAAUGGGGGUUAUUUUGGAUGGGGUGUAGUUAACAAACUAACCUCAUUUGGGGGUGGAGCAACAACUGCCGAUAUUGCAGCUGGUGGUCAAUUGAAUAAAGAUUUCAAUCAAUCGACCCCAGAUAUUACUCGGAUUGGUACCCCUACACAGCAACAAUUGCCAAUUUUGGAGACACCAGUCAGUGUAAAUACAGUUAGGUCUACCGAUGGAGUUGAAGUCGGUCAGGAAUGGGAUGAUGAUUUCAAUGAUGGUUGGCUAGACAACGAAGAAACUGCAGGACCAAAGCCAUUAGUUGAACCCGUUCGUAAAUUAAAUCUUGGCAAAUCAACUGAUAUACAUACAUCUAAACCAGGAGCAAGCACAGCGAGAAAACCACUCGGUGUUAAAAAGCCAACUUCCUUGAGAUUGGGACAUGGUGCAAAGACUAAUAUGAAUAAACCUAAAUCCACAUUGAAUUUGAAUUUAGCAGUUGCAACUGGUGAUGAUGGUGAAGAAGAUGGGUGGGGAGAUGGUUGGUGA